AUGGAUCCAUGGAAGAAUUGGAUAAGAUGCUCUCUUCUUCGGGUGUUCUGCUGUUAUUACUCCUUCCUCCUCACUGUUUCAAGUCCUUUGCCCUUGAAGCAAACAGGCACUCUAAAUAAUAACUCCUGCAGCCUCAGCCAACACCACUUCCAGAGGAUCACCAUCAAGAACCUAACCUAUAGCGUGGCCAAACAGGCAAGGCUUUAUGAUAAGGACACAGAUAACAGAUUUGUGGGACAGCAUCUAUAUACCAACAUUACGAGGAAUGAACGUUGCUACUUAAUGAAAAGAAUAACAGAUACUGUGCUCACACAUGUCCUCUAUAACCUGAAGAACCAAUAUCCCAGUCUCCAAGAAGUAAUAUAUUUUUUGGUGCAUUUGAAUGCGGAACUGCGUGACUGUAAACCACUGGAAGAUAAAACAUACAUCGAAGGACAUUUGAAAAGAAUGAAAGACAAAUUAGAAGAGUUGGGAGAGAAUGGAAUGAACAAAGUAGUUGGUGAACUUGAUUUGCUGUUUGACUAUCUGGAGAAUGCAUGUACUUCAAAGAAAGCAAGCAGCGGGCACCGGGGCAACAAGAACUGA